AUGGUUUCUAGCUUGCUUCCAAACCCCACCUCGGCUGAGUGUUGGGCAGCCCUUCUACAUGAUCCUAUGACUCUUGAUAUGGACGCAGUCCUGUCAGACUUUGUUCGGUCCACGGGGGCAGAACCUGGUCUGGCCAGAGACCUGCUGGAAGGCAAAAACUGGGACCUGACAGCCGCUCUGAGUGACUAUGAGCAGCUCCGACAGGUGCACACAGCCAACCUGCCACAUGUGUUCAACGAGGGCAGGUGUCCCAAGCAGCCAGAGCGAGAGCCACCGCAGCCCGGGCACAAGGUGGAACGGCCCUGCCUUCAGAGGCAGGACGACAUCGCCCAAGAAAAGCGACUUUCUCGGGGAAUUUCCCACGCCAGCUCCGCUAUCGUCUCCCUGGCCAGGUCCCACGUGGCCAGUGAGUGCAACAAUGAGCAGUUCCCCCUGGAGAUGCCCAUCUACACAUUCCAGUUGCCGGAUCUGAGUGUGUACAGUGAAGACUUCAGGAGUUUCAUCGAACGGGACUUGAUCGAGCAGGCGACCAUGGUGGCUUUGGAGCAGGCAGGUCGCCUGAACUGGUGGUCCACCGUGUGCACGAGCUGUAAACGGCUUCUUCCUUUGGCCACUACAGGAGAUGGGAACUGCCUUUUACACGCCGCCUCUCUGGGAAUGUGGGGGUUUCACGACCGGGACCUGGUUUUGCGGAAAGCUCUCUACACCAUGAUGAGGACAGGGGCUGAAAGGGAAGCCCUAAAGCGAAGGUGGAGGUGGCAGCAGACACAGCAGAACAAGGAGUCAGGGCUGGUGUACACCGAGGAGGAAUGGGAGCGGGAGUGGACUGAGCUACUGAAAUUGGCAUCCAGCGAGCCACGCACGCACUUCAGCAAGAACGGUGGCACAGGCGGGGGUGUGGACAACUCUGAGGACCCCGUGUAUGAGAGUCUAGAGGAGUUCCAUGUGUUUGUCCUCGCCCACAUAUUAAGAAGACCAAUAGUUGUCGUAGCAGAUACGAUGUUGAGGGACUCAGGUGGAGAAGCAUUUGCUCCAAUCCCAUUUGGAGGGAUUUACCUGCCUUUGGAGGUGCCUCCCAACAGGUGCCAUUGCUCACCUCUGGUUCUUGCCUAUGAUCAAGCGCAUUUCUCUGCCCUGGUGUCCAUGGAGCAGAGAGAUCAGCAAAGAGAACAAGCCGUGAUCCCUCUGACGGAUUCGGAGCACAAGCUGCUGCCUCUGCACUUUGCAGUGGACCCCGGGAAGGACUGGGAGUGGGGCAAAGACGACAACGAUAACGCCCGGCUGGCCCACCUGAUCCUGUCGCUAGAAGCCAAGCUGAACCUUCUGCACAGCUACAUGAACGUGACGUGGAUCCGGAUCCCCUCGGAGACCCGGGUGAGCCUGGCGUGCGCCCGGACCUCACCAGCUGUCUGGGUCCUGGCCUCUCACUGGCCGCCGGCGCGGGCGGGCGGGAGGGCCCACCCUACAAACCUGGCAGGGCUCACCUACUCCCUCCCGGCCUCCGACCCCCGGCCGCGCCCGGCCAGCCCCGCCCCGCCCCGGCGAGAAGUGUUUUGGGUUUACCUGAUGCGUGUGUGCACGCGUGCUUGCGUGCCUAUACCGAGCCCUGCCUUGUCGGACCUCACCUGCUGUGGCAUCGCCCAGGGCCUGCUGAGGCGGCCUCUGCUCUGGCUAGUCUGGUUCUGCUGUUUCCUGAAGGCAGACACACCAUGGAAAGGCCCAGAGGUGGCUGGCAUUCCUGGCACCAGGGAGAAGGCACCCCCUUCCAAAAAGCCUUAA